AUGACGUAUCAAGACUCCUGUCCUAAAAUGCAUUCACUGACGGUUCCAUUCCUAGGCAUGGGAAUGCUGGCCUCGCGGUACCCAGAGGAUCGCGAACGAGGCAUCGCGAUGGGGAUAGCCCUGGGCGGAUUGGCUUUCGGAUGUAUCAUCGGACCCACGUUCGGGGGAUUCAUGUACGAGUUCGUGGGGAAGUCUUCGCCGUUCGUCGUCCUUGCGGCGUUGGCUCUCGCCGAUGCCAUUCUGCAACUAUUAAUACUGCAGCCUAAGGUGAAGCGGCAGGAACUGGAAAGACCAUCUCUAAAACAGCUUCUCAAGGAUCCCUACAUCUGCAUCGCUGCAGGUGGACUGUUAUUCGGGAAUAUGGGAUUCGCCGUCCUCGAACCGACUCUUCCUUCUUGGAUGGAACGUACGAUUUGCGCUGCGAUUUGGCAACAAGGAGCUGUCUAUCUCGCGUGUUCCAUCUCGUAUCUGAUCGGCACCAACGUUUUCGCGCCUCUUGGACAUAAGAUAGGAAGGUGGCUCGUCACGAUGCUGGGGCUCAUCUUAAUGGGGAUCAGCUUGGUACUCGUCCCAGAAGCGAAGGACGUGCGGCUGAUCCUCGGGCCGCUGGCCGGACUGGGAUUCUCCAUCGCUAUGGUGGACGCAAGUAUCAUGCCCGAAUUGGCUCGUUUGGUGGACCUAAGACAUUCCCCGAUCUAUGGGACUGUCUAUGCCGUCGGAGACGUCGCCUUUUGUCUCGGAUUCGCCGUCGGCAUGGGAAUGCUGGCCUCGCGGUACCCAGAGGAUCGCGAACGAGGCAUCGCGAUGGGGAUAGCCCUGGGCGGAUUGGCUUUCGGAUGUAUCAUCGGACCCACGUUCGGGGGAUUCAUGUACGAGUUCGUGGGGAAGUCUUCGCCGUUCGUCGUCCUUGCGGCGUUGGCUCUCGCCGAUGCCAUUCUGCAACUAUUAAUACUGCAGCCUAAGGUGAAGCGGCAGGAACUGGAAAGACCAUCUCUAAAACAGCUUCUCAAGGAUCCCUACAUCUGCAUCGCUGCAGACUACAUUCCCGACAGGUGGACUGUUAUUCGGGAACAUGGGAUUCGCCGUCCUCGAACCGACUCUUCCUUCUUGGAUGGAACGUACGAUGUGCGCUGCGAUUUGGCAACAAGGCGCUGUCUAUCUCGCGUGUUCCAUCUCGUAUCUGAUCGGCACCAACGUUUUCGCACGUGGCUCGUCACGAUGCUGGGGCUCAUCUUAAUGGGGAUCAGCUUGGUACUCGUCCCAGAAGCGAAGGACGUGCGGCUGAUCCUCGGGCCGCUGGCCGGACUGGGAUUUUCCAUCGCCAUGGUGGACGCCAGUAUCAUGCCCGAAUUGGCUCGCUUGGUGGACCUAAGACAUUCCCCGAUCUAUGGGACUGUCUAUGCCGUCGGAGACGUCGCCUUUUGUCUCGGAUUCGCCGUUGGACCUGCUCUCGCCGGGGCACUGGUGCAAGGUAUCGGCUUCGACUGGAUGCUGUAUGUCAUGGCCAUCGUCUGCUUCCUCUACUCCCCGCUAUUCUCCUUUCUUCGGAAACCUCCCGCCCGCGGAGAGAAACGGAGACUCCUAGAGGACAAAGACGUGAGUUCCUCUGAUGGAGGACUGGAUGGGUCUUCCACGCACGAACUGGUUCCAUAA